UAUUUUUAUUCUUCCACAUAGGCACCACAGAUUAAGCAAACUUUAUAGUAGCCUAUCCUGAUUCGAAUAAGAACGUUACAAUUAGAUGCGUUGUAAUAUCAUAACUGUUUUGUAAAUAACGAUUUCUGCCGCAAACGUACACUGUUGGCUAAUGUUUACCUAAGUUUGAUAGCUAACGUUAACAGCAUACUUAGUAACAGGCUAAAAGUAUUAACUUUUACACAAACUCUAGAUUCGCUCUGAAAUAAUAUGACUAUCCACUAUCCAUUGUCAAGCCAUAAAUCGACAGGGGUAAUGUAGGCUAGGCUACUGAACGCAGCAUGGAAGGAACAACCAUUGAAGUUUGUGGAGUGCCUGAUAGCCUUCCCCCCGACCGGAUUGUGGACAAGCUCACAAUCCACUUUUUACGACCGAGACAUGGGGGCGGGGAGGUUCUGAAAGUAAUUUAUCCCACCUCCACAAAAGGGCAAGCCUUUGUCGUAUUCGAGCUCGGUGAAGUGGCGGCCCAGGUUGCACAUUUGAAGCAGACCUUGGACAUGGGCCUAUCUGAGCAGUUUCCCCUGAAGGUUAAGAUUAUAGACCGGUCUGAGGUGGACCUACCUGUUCAGGCCAUGUUGGACCUGUCCAUGUUCCCUGACCAGAGUGAAGUCCAUCAUCUCCUGAAGAAGCACAACUUUAAGGUGACUCAGGCCAGCUCCAGUCCCGGCAAGACGGUGCUGCUGGAGGGGACUUUCCUGAGCCUGCGUGCGGUCCGUGCCCAGCUCCAGAAACAGCUGCAGGAGCCGCUCAGGCACCACACUGGGCAUCACGCCAAUGGAGACCGUCCUUUGUCGCCCUUAGAUGGCAUCGUCUCAGGUGCGCUCCCCGAACACUCAUCCAGAACGCUGCCCCACUUGAACGGGUCACAUGGUUACAUGAGUGAGCGGCCGUUUAACAGCUCACAGGACCAUCUGAGCCCAAGUAGCUUGUCAGUUAGCAGGAGCCCGACAGGGUUAGAUAGCUCUUCCUCUAACUCAGAGCAGUCGCUUUCGUCAUAUUAUCUCUCGCGGGAUGGGAGGUCUUCUCGAAACCCAAGCUAUUUUCUGCAGGAUUCGGGAGCUCCUCAAAGCUUACCCAUCUUUCCAAGCGACAAUUUGACAACCAAACCACCACUGCAGCGGGAGACAUCGUCAACAAGGGAGACCACCCUUGUGGUGGAUACAGAUGUGUUUUGCUAUACCUGGAGCUUCAGAAAAGACUAUGCAGACACCAUACUUAAAAAAUAUGCCAUAGAAUGUAGAACAGAUGGGAAUUCAGAGGUAAAAAACCUUACUCUGAAGGGUAGAGAGUGUGAGAGAGCCAAGCAGGAGCUGGGUGGUCUAUUCGAGAGCGUUUCCUUGUCAUUAUGCACCCAAGAGAUACCUUUGUCUGGACUCAGUCAUCCGAUGAGAUCACAAAUUGCCAAACAGAUCCAGAAAUAUAAAGAUAUAUUUAAAGUGAUAGUCAGACAAACGGAGAAGUCAAUCGUAAUCAUCGGAUCUUCCUCAGAGAGCUAUGAGAUGAAGCAGCGAGUUUUAGGAGAACCUGUAGGCUUACCAGCGUCUGGACGUACAGGCCGAGACACUGAACGAGGGCCAAGAACUCGGCGUAGUUCAUCCUUGCCCAAACAGCAGAAGUUAAGGUAUGACCAGGACAGUAGAACAAGGCUGGACUCUGCUGGGCCUCAGACCUAUUCUCCGUCACAUUACCAGGACAGUAAGCACCAUGAAGAAGCGGCCAUGGCAAGGUCACGCAGUAGAACCAGCUCAGAGAGCAGAGAGAGGACAGUGGCCCAGAGGCCUGUUCCCAAUGCACAACAGGAGCCUAUGUCGCCCUCUAGAGGGCGACAAUUACCAUUAAUGAAGAAACCACUACAUUUUUUAGAAAGAAAUGCAGCGUCACUUAAAAGCAAAUUUACCAAGCAAAAAUAGUCUCAGAUUCUCAGUCUAACUUCUGUUUCGCACUACAAAAUUUGACAAGCUACUAGUAACAGCUUGUAAUUAUGACUUUACAUUAAUGACAAAUAACAUGUUGCUCAUACUCAAGUAGUUUUCAUAAUUACUAUUAAAUGCCAUUGUCAGGUUGAAUACAUUGCCUAUUAAUUUUGCCUGUAUAAAUUAAUCACAUAAAAUAUGCACACUGGAUUGGAUCUCAUUUCUGGGUUUUUUCAAUUUGCACCUCUUUAAUAGGGGCAUAGGGUCAAAUCAUGGAGGUAAUAUCUAUUUUGAUUAUUUAUUAAUUUAUUAUGGAAGGCUUGUCUGUUUUGACUGAAGGUGCUUUGUAUGGCCUGUAUAGACUUUUUGGAUGUCUGAUUUAAAAAGUGUUUUUUUUUUUUUCUUUU